UAAGAAAGAUCUAUAUAAAACUUAGUUACAGUCGCGACUACACACAGUACAGAAUUCACCACCAUGAAUACUCUUGGUCUAAUUUGCUUCUUCGCCACCAUCUUGGGGGCUUACGGUUCGUGCUCCUUCAAAUUUUCCGACGAAUUAAAACAAUGUGGCGAAUUACACGGGUUCACCGAUGAACAAGUAUUUCAUCACUACCACCACGGUUAUACAAGCGAGGAAGCUCCAAAGUUUAACCUAUUUGUGGAAUGUGCCUGGGAUAAAUGGGGAUUUCUGCUUCCUGGCAAUAAAAUAGACUACGAUGCCAUUAGAUCAAACAAGGUUAGCGACUUUCUUGUCACUGGAGUCUGUAACGAUGUACUGAAAGUGAGAGAAACGCAUCCCUUCAUUGAGGCAGUAAAUACGUGCGAAACCACAGCGCCUGCAGAUAUUCGUGCCGAAACAAUUCGAUUUUGUAUCACCAAACACUUCAAGGAGAACAUUAGCAAAUAAGAUUUUUGUGGAAUAAAUAAACGCCGAAAGACUUCUA